AAAGCUUAUGGGGAUCCUAAUAAACAAAUAAAUGUGGUUAUGUGAUUUUGUUUCUUUAACAGUUAGCCAUCUGUGGUUGUUUUUUUUGGUGUUUUUUUUAAAGGUUGUUUAAUGAUUGUUGAAUGGUUUUCUACACCUGCCCCUCUGUCACCCAGACAUUUGGUGAGAAGUUGCUGGGUGUGUUCUCCUGGGUGAUGUCUAUCUCUGUAGCUCUGUCUACAUUCGGAGGAAUCAACGGCUAUCUCUUCACUUCUUCCAGGUUGUGUUUCUCUGGAGCCAGAGAGGGUCACCUGCCCCACCUGUUGGCCAUGAUCCACCUGAAAAACUGCACCCCUAUUCCAGCCCUGCUCGUCUGUUGUGGCGCCACCAUAUUGAUCCUGUGUAUUGGAGAGACUCACAACCUGAUCAACUAUGUCUCCUUCAUUAACUUCCUGUCCUAUGGAGUGACCAUCGCCGGCCUGCUGUACUAUCGCUGGAAGAGACCCAACCUGCUACGACCCAUCAAGGUAGAGCAGACCUAUAUCUGGUGCUAA